GUGACCAGAGCAAUGGCGACGAGUUUCAAUGAUGUGAGAAUCAAAGAAACUCUGAGAAUACGAAUAGCGGAAGGUCGCAAUCUUUGCUCCCCCGCAGGCCUGACGAGUACAAGUACCAAGGACACCUACUGCAAGGUUACGCUCGAUCAGGAAGAAAUUUUCAGAACUGCCAUUGUUGAAAAAACACUCAGUCCAUUCUAUGGUGAAGACUUCCAGUGUGAUGUGCCCAAGCAGUUCCGGUUCCUCUCCUGCUAUGUCCUUGAGAAGGCUGGAGGUCACAUGCACUUUCAGGACAAGGUCAUUGGCAAGGUGACCUUGAAGAGGGAUGAUAUCCAGCGCCAUCAUGGGAAAGACUCUUGGUUCCAACUCCAGCAGGUUGAACCUAACACGGAAGUACAGGGUAAAAUCCAUCUUGAAGUGCGAUUUGAAGAGUCAGUUAGCGGCUCAAACUCUGGUCUCAAUUCUCACUCACAACAGAGGCUAGCAGUCAGAGUAUUGGAAUGUAAUAACCUAAAUGUAACCAAUGGUGCUUGCAACCCGUAUGCAGUUGUCUCGUUUUCACUUGGCAAAACCAAGCAGAGGCCUGAGGUGCGGCGGACAAAUGUCAAGAAGAAAAUGACGUGUCCUCACUUUGAUGAGACAUUUAUAUUUGAUUUUGAAAGCAAAGGUCAAAAUCUUGAUAGAAAUGCGUAUAGCGUUGAAGACUUGACCAGUGCAGAACUAAAUAUAUCAAUCUACCAUGAUGAAAUGCGGGUCUCCCGGGAGGUCCUGGGCAGUAUCUGGCCAGGGGUCUUUCUAGGAGGCAUCAAAAUUCAGUUAAAGGAUCUUGACUGCCAAGGCACCCAUCGGGCAUGGUAUUUUCUACAGCCGAAGGAAAAUGGACGGCAAUCCCAGCCAGAUCUCGGAGCACUGCGGCUGAAGAUCACUUUCACCACCGACCACGUAUUUCAUUCCAUGCAUUACACAGAACUAAAAAAUCUCAUACUAAGAUCUCCAAAUGUCCAGCCAGUAACAUCGAGUAUAGCAUACAUACUUGGUGAGAUUGCGGACAAGGAGGAGGUAGCUCAACCAUUGGUGCGAGUAUUCCUUCACGAAGGCAAACUCAUUCAUUUAAUCAAAGCUCUUGCUCAGUAUGAAAUCACGAAUACAAGUGAUCCUAACACAAUAUUCCGAGGCAACUCAUUACUCACGAAGUGUAUCGAUGAGCUGAUGAAGCUCGUCGGACAUCAGUAUCUCCAUGACACAAUCAAAGCAACAGUUGAUGCGAUCUUCAUUGACGCCAAGCCGUGUGAGAUUGAUCCCACCCGGUUAAAGGAUGGUGAACGUGUUGAUGCAAACAUGCAAAAUCUAAAAGGUUAUGUGGAACAAACGAUUGGUGCUAUAUCUGACUCUGGUCUUGUAUGCCCGACCAGUAUGUGUGAGGUGUUCUUCGCCUUGAAGGAGGCAGCCAUGAAACAUAGACCAGAUCACAAGGAGCUCCGCUACCAGGUUGUGAGUGGCUUCAUCUUCCUCAGGUUCUUUGCUCCAGCCAUUUUAGGCCCAAGGUUAUUCCAGUUACGCUCCGCUACAGUGGAUGCCCCAACCCAUCGAAAGUUAACUCUUGUUUCCAAAUCAAUACAAAGUCUAGGGAAUUUGGUCAGUUCAAAAUCUCCUGUGUUCGGUUUCAAGGAGGAAUAUAUGGUGCCUUUGUUUCAGCAUUUCUGUGACUCUCACUUCAUAGAAAGUGUACGAAAUUUUUUAGAAAUCAUAUCAUCAGCUACAAGAGCCCAUUCAAAAAGUAUGUGCAUAGAAGUGCCUGUCGUUCUCAAGGAAGGGUAUCUCAUCAAGAGGGCGCAAGGACGCAAAAAGUUUGGAGUGAAGAACUUUAAGCGACGAUACUUUGUGCUGACCAAUCACGAGUUGGCGUACUCGCGUGAAAAAGGGGAGGAGCCACUCCUGCGAUGUCGUAUUCCCAUCGAGGAAAUAUUAGCUGUAGAGCGGUUAGAAGAAGAGGCAUUUAAGAUGAAAUAUAUGUUCCAAGUAGUCCAGCCUGAACGUGCACUCUACAUGCAGGCAACUAACUGCGUGGAGGAAAAGGAGUGGACUGAUAUCCUGUCCAAAGUUUGUGUCACCAACAGGAAUAGAUUAAAAGAAUAUCAUCCUGCAGCAUAUCUCAAUGGACAUUGGCUUUGUUGUAAAGCAACAGACCAGUGUGCUCAAGGUUGUGCCCCCGUCACAGGGGGCCUGCCCCCUGAUAUCAAGAUAGAUAUUGAUCUCGACCUCGAAUUAGAGCGAAUGCAAUCUUUGUUUGUUAUACAUACUGACAAGCUGGAUUUCAUGCAAGAGAUCGCCUCGGGUCAGAAGGAUGCCUGUGGGAGUAUGAGUGUCUACACUGGUGAAAACUCACUCAUGCCAAUGGUCUCUUGCUCUGUCACGAAUGACCCCAAGACGUGUUUUGAGAGUCUUAACGAGUUACAGAAGAUGAUAAUUGGUUUGGAGCAGGAGCACAAGAAUUAUCAUAAACAUGUACAACGACAGACAAUCUUAGGAUCAGAAGAAAAGCCCAUCGGUGAUGAAGACUUGUCCAAGUUCGCAGUCAUGACACGCUUGUGACCCAGCGGGGGAUUGUGACUUACAGACUUGUGUUAUCUACGCUGUGCCAUAAGAGUCACAUUGCGGGAUGUGAUUGACUCUACCCGAGAUAUGUAGGGCCCCGGAUAUCUGUUAUUUGCAAAAAUUUGCGCUCGAGACUUGUUUUGGCUUUUCAAAACAUUGAUAUUUUCUGUAUCAAAACAGAUUUUAAAAAGUGUCUUUUAGGUCCCCUAGGGCAUCGGUAGGGGAGUAAAAAUCACCACCUGCCUGUUCACUUGUUUUCCAUCUUUCUUAUAGAAGGACUAACGCACUCUAUUUUUAGUUGUAAGUAUAACUACAGUUAGCUCCAAGAUGCUCAUAGCUUUUUCAAAUCAUUCUCAUUUUCACAAUUUCUCAAGGAUUUUCAUUCAACCUACUUCAUAUGAAUCUUUACGUCAUGUCCCGUCGCUUUAAUCCAAUCAAAAUAUUCUGUCUAAAAACACUCCAGAAAAAGAUGACUUUGUGUAGGAUAUGUAAUAAUGUUCCCCAUCAAUGAUACGGUUCAUGUCAAGAGUCGAGAAGAUAUACUUCAGGCACGCUAAGUUUAUGACCAAAUGGGGGCUUCUAAUAGAUGCCCUGGAAAGUAUAGCAUAAAUGCAGCCUGACACACUUUUGCCUCUUAUAGUCAGCUGCUAUAGGACAUCAACCACUCCCGAACCGUUUUGAACAACAAGGUCGCCAUCUAUCGUUUAGCAAUCAUGAAAAUGCCUGCCCUCUCACUCUGUAUUAUAUCAUGUAAUCUACAUGUACAUGUAUGUGUUUCUGAUGAAUGAAAAUAUUAAUUACAAAAAGAAAAAUGUACUCAUGCAAAACAUAUGCCAAGACAUGGCAUGUUAUGUUAUGAUGACAUACUCACGAUACUGGCAACUUGAGUUUGGAGCUUUUGCCUCGCAAUUAGUCAUGACAUAACGACAAUGGUGGCAAGUCCUUGUACAAAAUGUGUGUAGUAAAAUUUCCUACACUGUAACUUUGCAUCUUUUACUGGAGCAGUUGUGGUCGGGAUGAACUUUUGAAUGGAUUAAAGCAUAUUUCCUACGAGAAAUACAACGCCUUUCCCGCACCUCAGUAGGUACCAGAGCAUCAUCAAGUCAUACGCAAGUUACUAAAUGGAACCCUAUUGCGGGCCCUAUUGUCCACAUGUUCAGCAGGCCUAAUCUAGCUAACUGAUCUGCACCAGACUUAUGCACAGGAAAUGACACGUUUCAUUUUCACCGCCCGAGAAAAUGUAAGAAGUAGGCUGAAUCAUUGCUGUGCAAAAUCCACUUUUAAAAUGGUGAUAAGACUGAUGUGCAGAUUCAUUUUGAGGUAAGUGUAAUAAAAAAUGCAAGAGGAAUUGUGAAAAUGAGAGCGAUAUAUGCAACAUAUCUCAAGAUUGUGGGGCGAACUGUAGUGUGCAUGUUGAGAAAAUUACUGUUUCCCUCAAAACUUUUGCAAGCGUUUUACCUUUCUGUCCUUGUGCGGUUCGAAGGUUCGAGCAUAAAAUGUUAGUUUAUCGGCACAUUGAUAUGCAUUACGGCUCCAUAUUCCGCAAAAUGUACAGGACAUGCACAAAAUGUACAGUUUUGCAGAAAAAAGUAGUCGGCCGUUAACUAAUCUGUAGAGCAAUUGGAAUUUAGGCCUGGGUGCGCUAAGAUAAUCCAGGUUUCAGUAUUGACUAUUCCAGUUCAUCUCAGUCGCACCAGCAAUGAGUAACACAUGCUUGGAGUACCCAAAGUAACUGUGGGUAUCUUGAACAUUUUUAAUUGUGCUUUCUAACAUUUAUCAAAAAGAAAUUCAUAUCAGAAAAUGUCUUUUAACCAGAUUUUUUGGUGGCCCAGAUGGGACGAGCAGCUAACUGUGAACCAAUGUCCAAUGUUGUUUAUCCCUGAAUAAAACCCUCCAUAUUGCCCAUCUAGUGCUGUCUAUACCCAACAUUUUAUCUGUUCAAGUUCACAUUUGAAUUUGAUAUAUAUAUUUGAGUGUAAUACAAAUGGAUCUUUGAUUGAAAGAAUGUUCUGGUUGAAGUAACCAUGAGAUGUUCCUUUCUAAUGUUUCACCAAGCAUUGAACUUGUUCAGUAUUUCCAGUAUUCUCGUUUCAGUCACUUGUUGUGUAAUUCUCGAGAUAAAACCACGUUUAAAAGCCAGGUUUACCAUUGUUAUUAUUCGAUUGUGCUAGAGUAGGAAAGGAGUUGCAGGGACCGCCCAUUAUUAAACGUGUUUAUUGCUACUUCUUAGUUCCAAACCCCACUGCCUGUUUAGUUCACCUCAUCUUAUGGUGCAGAGCCUGUUGUCCGUCAUCCGUUAGCAAGGCACGUUUUGUUACUGCUGGAGCUAUCGACUUGAAACUUGGUACAUAUGUUCCCCUAUGUAACGACACCUGGGAGAACAAAUUUUGAUCAGGUUCGAUGAUUGAUUUUUUUCACCAGGUGGCUAAAACUGAAAACACAAAAAGUGUUAUAUUUUCUCUAAAUAAGGGCUCGAUCAUCACCAAAUUUUUAUCGUAGGUACAUAUAAAGACGAUACAUAACACGUAACACGAGUUUUUGAUUUGACCUACUUUUCAGGGUCGCAGAGGUCAAAUAGCGUUAAUUGGCCGAUGGUGGCACGUUGGGUAACUACUGGAGCCAUUGGCUUGAAUUUAGUACAUAUGCAGCCCUAUGUUAUGAAACCUUGUGGACUAAAUUUAGGUCCUGUUCGAUUCCUGGUUUUGCCACCAGGUGGCUGAAAUUGAAAACAAUAACAUGGCCCUGGUCAUUUCAUUUCAUUUGCACCGGUCCCACUAUCCUCUAAUGCGGGCCCCGUCAGAUGCUGCACUCGAAUGGAGGAAUACAGUCUAUUGCCAACAGCAUUACUUGAUAGCGGGUAGAAAAAUAUCAUGAGUCUCAUCGACUGCUUUCUGAGUUUACUAGUGAUGGUACCAAUCUGCGGAUGUCUGACUCAUAGUGACUUGUGAUGUAUUUUCCUACUGUUUUAUAAUGUUUGACCUUGUUUCCAGGUGACCUCUGUUACGCAUCCUGCAUUGUUAAGGUUGUUUUAUUUCUUUGUUGUUUUGAUGAAGAUUAUACAAUGUUCAGUCUUGUUAGUAUGCAUUGUCUUUUGUAAUGAAUGACACUUUAGGUAUCUUUAAAAUCUGACCCUUCACAAAUACACCUAUUUCAGUGUUUAAAUUGAUCCCCUGCUGUCCAUUGUUAAGUUCAGUGUGGGUUUUUUUCUCUUAUAUUUUCAAAUUAACUUUAACCGAGGCAUUCCACUUUGAGGAGAAGAAACUGUUUGAUUAUUAGCAAUCGAAAAUCUGCAAUUGUAUGUUUGUUUGGUCAAAAGAUUUAACAUUUAAUUUUUGUAAAAUUGAAAUAUUUGUAGCUUGCAUCACACAUUCACAUGGACAUCUCUUUGAAGAGGUCAUCUGGGCAAAGGACAUCUCUAUAGAAACCUAGGUCAAUUAACACUUAAUAGGGGAAACGGAGUCAUACAACUUCCUAUUCUUAAGCAGGAUGUUUAAGAAUUAGAGGGCCCGAAGGGUGUCGCUCAAAUUGGACCCUCUUGCAUGCAUCCCAACCUUUCGUCAAAAUAAAUCCAUAUUCAAUGGUUUAAUAUGGUUUGUCACAAGAUAAAGCCAUGAUUUGGUUUUUUUCUUAGGUUUGUAUGAAGUGCACUCGCCUGACUACCUGUCUCCUUCAAAGGAAACCUGUAGUGAAACGCUUAUAAAAAUGGGGAGUUUUGAACGGCCCGGUAAAAACCUUAAGACGGGAAUAAGCUUCCAUUGAUUGAUAUUAGCAGUUUUGAGUUCCCCUCAGGUAGUUGAUUAUGUAGCCAAUGAGCUGCAUCAGAAGUAAUCACCAAUUUAGUUAUUUUUACCACGAUAAAGACUUGUGUCACGACUGAAUCUCUUUAAAUUUCAAUGUAUCAAAUUCAAAACAUUAAAUUGCUAUAUUGCCAAGAAUUUCUGCAAGAUUUUGCCCCAAAAUCUGCUUUGGGCUUUGUGAAGUCGUGGGGGAAAACACUUCAACCCUUUGAGGCAUGAUCGUGAUUUAAAGCGUAUUUCCUACAACAAGUACAAUGCCCUUCCCUCGCCUCAGUAGAUAUCAAAACAUCAUCAAGUCAUACGCAAGUUACUGAAUGGAACCCUAUUGCGGGCCCUAUUGUCCACAUGUUCAGCAGGCCUAAUCUAACUAACUGAUCUGCGCCAGACUUAUGAAUAGGAAAUGAGACUGUUCAUUUUCACCGCCCGAGAAAAUGUAAGAAGUAGGCUGAAUCGUUGGUGUGUGAGAUCCCUUUUAAGUCGACAAAGUAAGACCUCUCUGUUUGCCCAAUCUCAACUAUAAUCGCCCAAACUUUAUACACAGCAUCCCUUCACUUUCCCACUUAUUUGUGAGACUGAGCUACUCCGAAUGAAUAUGAUAACUUUAGUAAUGUAGUUCGGUACCUGAGCAUGAUUUUCAUAUAAGGUUUUCCAGGGUAACAUUUUUACUUCUGCGAGUAUUUUGGCGUCAAACGUGUUAUAAACAACAUUUUUCUCCAGAAAUCAGUGCUUUUUGGGGUGUAUUUUUGUGGUAACUCGGGCUCCAGAGGGUUAAGAAACAAGUAUCAAUAGUGCUUUCAUCAUUGGAAAACCAAGGAAAUGCCAUGCCCAGAUAACCCCUUUAAGUUGCUACUCUCACUGAUUGAGAGCUCCAUCUAUGAAUGCUUUACUUAUGAUCACUGACAUUUAGUCGAGGAAGGAGAAUUUCAUAUAAUGCAUAGAUUCCUUUCACAUGUUUGAAAAGUUCCAGUGUGUAUUUUGAACAUUUUUAAGUGGAAAGGGUUCAACAUGUUCACUGCCAAGCCCUUUAGUGCUCAGAGUGUGAUGGUCCCCAUGCUAAUAGUGUGUACACACAGAUGUUUCUAUCAUAGAAUGAAGAAUCUAUGAUAUAGGAAAAUCAUCAUAGAUUCUAUAAUAGAUGGUUUCCAUCAUAAAAUCUAUGGAACAUCAUUGUCAUAUCCACCAUGGGCCCAUCAUAGAUUAAGUAAGAAUUCAGUUCAUCAUUGAAUCUUUAUACUGGAAUGAGCAAACUUGGCGAAUGGAUUCUUAUUUUCCAGAAUUGUCUUACUGAACCUUGAUUCAUCUCUCAUCACAGAUUCUAUGAUUGGCCAUCAUUUCAUAGAUGUUAAAAUUCUUUUUUUGCAUGAUAAAUUCUAUGAUGGGAAUUUCAUCGUAGAAUCUGUACUGUGUGAUCCAUUCUAGCGCAUGUUAACAUUGAAGUCACCAAGUAGAGUGACAGUCUUCCAAAUUCUUGAAAUAUGAUAGACUCUUUCACCAGUCUCCUCCAUUCACUCAUUACAGAGACUGGUUCUUGACGGCAUUUCACUCGUCGUGAACUAGAUUCGGGGGCAUUGGCUUCCAGUGACCCCACAUGUUUUUCUGUAGGUUGGGUAACUUCGAGCCAAGUGAAUAAUCAGGAAUACCAGAGCGCUCGGCAUGGACAGUGCAUCGACUGUUUUCACUGAAAGUGUAUGGCUCGCCUUGGGUAAAUCAACGAGGCCUCCUCAACCUUCAUCUGCUGUGCGGCGGAUAUGGUCGAGGUUACCUGGACUAGAAAUAUGAAUAAAUUUGCAAAUUUCACCUAUUCCAGUGUAGUUUUUUUGCCGAUUCCAUCACAGAUUUAAUGAUGAGCCCAUUGUUGAUACGACCAUGUUGUACCAUCUUAGAUCUAUGGAAAUGCUCCAUCAUAGACUCGAUGAUGAAAUAUAAUAGAAUCAGUGAUGACGAUGACUAUCCUCUGUUCUAGAUUCUUUGACAGAAUCCUUCGCCUGUGUAUUACUUUAGCGGGGAACUGACAAGCACAUUUUUUCUAGAAUUGGCAUUUUUGGAUUUACAGUAUAUUUUUCCUUUGGCAGAUCUGUCUCGAAGACAACGAAUAUCAAAUUUGUGACAAAAACAAAAGAAACCAUAUCCAAUACGUAGAUUACUUUACGGUCAUUCCAUGUGGUAGUCAUUGAUAAACUCUAGACUCACCGAUAUAAGACCUUUUUGGAAUAUGCAAGCCAAGCCCCCAUAGAUAUAAUACCUUUUGUCGUUCGAUGCCAUUCAACAUUGACCAGUCGAGAAGCCAAUAGGGGGACCAGAAGUUGUCUAACAUUUCUGAUGGUCAUGACAUCAUGUCCUGCCCUUAGCGUUGUUUGUGUCGACUUCACAGCAAGGGUUCAGAAUGACGGGAAGAUAGGCCCGGAGCCAAUCAGGUAUGAAGGGGCCUUUGCCUGUUCAUUGGGCAUUUUGCCUGGGGUGGUCACGCCCAGAGGUACUGAAACGGUGUUGGAUCGGUGAGUCUAGAGUAUCGUCGAUAAAGUAUGAUUAUGUUUGUUGUGCUUGGCUACGAGGUGGUGAUCGUCUGCUACAUCAAACCAUUUUCAAAGUUUCAGGAAUCUUCUCACGGCGCAGAAGUCCUCUGUGCAAUUUUUUAAACAGAAUUUCUUUCUCGGUGAAUUUGAAGCCUUUCUUCUGGAGACAUAUAGGCAUGACUUUUCUACAUACAUAAACUGUAUAGAUAUCUCUUCAUAAGCAAUUAGUCUUGUUAAGGAUUGGACUUCUUUGGUAGCUCACCUGGACACUGAUAAAAGCUGAGGUAUGUGAUGUAGUCGACCAUCACCACCUGCUUGGCCACCCAGUAUAUUUCAAGCUUAACUUCUCCUUUAUGCCCACCCAAUAUGAUACCCAGACACUGAACUAAAAGUUAUUCAACCUAGACAUUUAAAGGCUUAUUAUUGAGGCCAUUUCUAUAAGCAAAAUGGCCCUGGCUUAUUCAUUCCAAACCUUGGUUGUUUCUUUAAUUUUAUUCAGAAGUAUUUUAGUGAGUAAUUGUUGGUUUGUUUAAGCAAUUGAAUUAGUUUAUUGAAUCGUAACUGCAUUUGUUAAAGUUGAAGUGUCUUGAUAUAAUGCCGGACUGGCACUGAUGAAGUUUACAUGGGUCUUUCUCCGAGGCUCAUGCUGGGAUGUUAGAACAUUCUACGGAUGUGACCCAUCUCGGCAAAACCAGGCAUAUGCUGCUCUAAGCUUGGCAGGUUGUGAUGGACUUGUUCAUUUCACCUAUGUCUCCCUUUUGUGAAAUCGGAGUACAUCAAUUUCUUCCAUUAUCCCCCGGCAUCAGUUAGUGAUUUAGGGUCAUUUUCUGUGCGAAUGAGCCUCGUUUUGUUGUGAUGGGUCACAAAAAGUGUACACAUUGUUGGGUGUAUAUCUUAGCGUCCUCUAUUGCAAAUACUCUCAACUCGGCUCUAUAAGACCAGGUUGGUGAUACCGACCAAUACCACAUUUAUGAUGUUUAUUCAGAAGGAUAUUCAUCCAGGUUAGGGAUGGUAGGCCUAUAAAAAUUCUCGUCAGACCUCAUUCGUUGGAAUCGUGAUUUUGGGUAAUCCUACAUGUAUGUAAUGGGCAGGCAAGAAAUAUAUGAUCUGGUUUUAUACAGCCGAGUUGAGAGUAUAUUCCUCUACUAUGUAAUUAUCAUGGAUGUUAGCCAGGCAUUAUUCCUCGAGGCACUUCUUCUUUAAAAUUUUGCAGAAGGGAAACUACAGGGGGUCAUCCCCUUUCUCCGAAAAGAGUAUGUUUUGUACACUUUUGAAAAUGUUAUAUAUUUAAGGAUGGCCCCAGCACAUUCGUGACCUCUCUGUCAAAAGUCAGUUCUUGUCACACAUGCAGAAAAGGGGAAACAAUAUUUCUCAGAAAAUGAUAUUAUGAUUUUUUAUGCACUUCCAUUAGUGAAUUAGCGGAUAAGUUCUUUUUAGGCAGUGGUUUUCACACAAAGUUAAGAGGGGUACGCGAUUCAUAAUUACUGGUUGUCCCGGGAAAAAAAUACGGUUUUAUACACAAUGCCAUUGUGAAGUUAUUAUGCAUGCAAAUUUGCUGAAACUUGGUUUUAUAGUAUAUUUAUAUCUCUCUACACGAUGGCAAUGUUGAAAUUUAUAUUUAGUAUGUAUAUCGAUUGGAAAUUUUCAAAUCAAAAUUUAAAAAUUCAACGAAUGGCGUGGGCCUUUAAAGCCCUAGCCAUUUGACAUUUUCGUGCGUGUGUACAACAGUUAUGAGGUAAAGGGUGUCAAAGUUUAUACUCUAUUCUCGGUUUUUUAACAACCAGUCCGUUGGCCAUGCCCCAGUCCACGAUUACAAUACUGCAUAGCCACAUUCAUGAAUGGAGGUAUGUCUUCAAGCGCCAAUUUUGUCUGGAUUGGCUAGUUCAGCAAUGAAUUGACAGACUUGACGUAUACCUAACCGGCUGGUCGUCAUUCUGGUAUUCUGACCAAUCACUGGUAAUCGACACCAUUUCUUCAAUAAGCGGCAAAGAUAAGAUUACACACUGCGGGCCGAUGCUCCGGUUUGGCCUGAGCGUUAUAGCAAUGCUAAAUUAUGACUGCAUCAUUGUUGAAAAGGGGCUGGACAUACAACAUGCUGAAUUGGUAGUUUAAAACGGAGAAUAAAGUAUAGCAUGCAGUGCACUCUUAUACUGUACACAUGGAUCAACACAAACUGACAAGUUCAGAUCACUACUCCUAAAUAUUUCUCUUGGACACCAAUUUCUGAAAAUAAUUCAAAAAAAUUCAAAACAUUUUACAGAUUAUGAAUUCUCAAAUGAAUAUCUCCAUACAUUCUAAAGCAAAUGUUGUGUAUCUCCCUCUUGUUUCACCAAUCUUAGACAGUUUCUGAAUAUUGAAGUCAUAAGCCCCGAUAGAUACACAUGGUUGUUUGCUGUUAGACAUGUUAGAAAGACAGUCAGUUGGUAACAAGACAUUUUGAAGUGGUCAAGUCGCAAUGAUUCUGCGUGGCCUUUCAGUCGAGUUUUGAGUAAAUAAAGCGGUCUUAGAUUGGGGAAACUACAGUUUCUCCCCCCCCCCUCCCCGCAUUGUAAAAGUAACUUUGUGCAUAAUUAGCACAUAUAAAUAUUACAGCAUCUUUCUUGGACCCAAGUGCCCACUUUCGACAGAGCAGGUCAGAUAUAAUUUUAUGAGUAGUGAGGAUAUGACAUCUUGUGGUUGUUCGUAUUGUAAGAAUGGGUGAGAAUAUAGGCAUAUUUUAUUGUCAAAUAAAUCUACAAAAAUAUUUACUGUUGUAUUAG